CAGCGAAGUGAAGGCUCUAGAGACAGAAUAGCAAAGCUGAGGAAAUAGGUUGUAUUAGAUUUGUAUUAACAUGAGGACUUUGACCCUUUUCCUGGUGUGUGUGUCUGUGGGGGAGAAUGCUGGUUCUGAGCAUCUCAGAUAUUCUCUUCGUGGUUUUGUGCUUCUGCCAGGUGUAGCUGAAGAAAAAUCAGAGAGAUAUAUGCAUAUGCAUCACAAAUAAUGGAGUGUCUAAUUAGAUGUCAUACAUAUUUAAAAAAAUCUUUUGAUAAACAACAGCAUUUGUUAAGAUUAAAGAUGAAGAUUUAAAAAAAGAAACCCUCAACAAUCAUUAACAUAUUGAAGAGGUAGCAGACGACAAAGUUGUUUUUUGAAACAAGAACGACAGCUUUAACAGCUCUAAAUACUCACUGGAAAUUAGACGUUUCCAUAAAUUUAAAUUUAUUUUUCUUGGACUAAGUGCUGGCGAACAAGUGUGGAUUUUCCUUCCACCUGACCUGCCUGUUGGCGCGUUCCAUGAAACUGAUACCUGUGGCGGCACAUUUGUUGUCCUGACUAUAGAAGGACUGCACUAUACAAGGGCUGCACAGCUGUGUGAUAUUUAAUGUGAUGAAGCAGAACAGACUUCACCUGCGCUAACAGGGAACUCAUCUGGGAGAGCUACGAGUGGAAAUGGUUGGAAAUCAGAGCAGCAGGAUGGCGCUCCCUCCCCUCUCAUCCCUGUGAGCCAGGGCUGCCUUUGCUGGGCGCUCGCCUAAGCGCUGCAGAACUGCCCCGCGGGCUCUGCUGUGUGAAGGGCUCUGCAGACGGCGGCAGGCCGAGCCGAGAGCUUAGUUAACAUGAAGAUGGAGGACUAUGAAAUAUUCUGUAAGAAGCAUCUUUCCAGAAUCCAAGAAGAGGCAAUAAAAGGAGAAACUUCUUUUACUGUUCAGCACAAAAAUAUCUCCCUCAUUCAUUUCUAUGGAGUCCCUGUGCUUUCCCCUCUGCUUAGCCUUGAAAAGAAAAAGGAAAUACAGCAAUACAAGGAGAAAGCAUUGGACCUAGAGACCAGGAAACGGAACUCCCGGAACAGAGCUUUGCUGAAUCGUGUUCAGGAGAUUGUAGAAAAUGUCCAGAUGAAGAAAGGACUUAACAUGAGUGAUGCGAAUGCUCAGGAGGCUGAGAAUUCUUGCCCUGACUCAGAUUCAAAAGCUUUGACUGACUUCACAGCUCUAUCAGAUGUCAGUGUGGCAUGUUCUCCUGAAAGACACGGUUCCACGGACCUGGAAAAGGCACCAGAACUUGCACCAUCAGGUACUGCAGGGCAGAGGACAUCACAUGUGACAGAAGUAGUUAAAGCAACAGAAGAAAAUGUUUCUUCAAAGCCAAGUGAGAGUCGCUUCUUGAAAGAUGUGCCUUGUCCAAGGGCUGCCUCUCCUGACAAGCUGUGUCACAAGCUCACAUCACACGCUCUGCAAAAGCAGGAGGGACGAGCGGGGUCGCCGUCGGAUGAGGAUGUCCAAGAUCCAUGUGUGAUGAGUCUUCAGAACCUGAUAAAGAAAUCCAGGGAGUACAUAGAGAGAGAGCAAAGCAAGCGUACCUCAAAAGGCAGUUCAAAGAGGAGCGUGAGUGAAAGUCAUUCAGAUAAAGAAAAUGACGGCGUUAAAACCACCGACCCUGCGAAAGAAAGAGCAAAGCUUACAGGCAGGAGUUGCGCUGCUCAGACGCUUGAUAAACCCAGUCUUAAUAAAUCAAAUACCCUUCUCCAAGGUGCCUCUACAAACACAAAUAACACAAGUAUGUCCUCUUUAUCCAGUUUUUCUAAAGUGGACAUACCUAUGAGAAUUGGAACGCCCCCUUUGGUGGAUUCAGAUUCAGACGAAGAAUUUAAAAAGAAUUCUAUGUUGGAGCGUGACAGUAGCAUUGUCAGGAGCCUCACAGGCUCCUACGCCAAAUUGCCAAGCCCAGAGCCAAGCAUGAGCCCUAAAAUGCACCGACGGCGCCCAAGACCUUUAUCAAUGGGACACAUCAUUAUAAAUAACCCUGUGAAUGCCUACGAGUUAAGUCCUAAAGGCAAGGGUAGAGCCAUGGAUUUAAUCAUGCAAGAUAUUGCAGAUAAAAAUAACGUGUCCGAAUCAGUGCCAAAGUUCAUGGUGGACUUCAACAUGGUUUGCCCUGGCAGAGUUCCUGGUGUCAACAGGAAUUCUUCAGGCCCUUGUGAUGGGUUGGGGGUUGGCAAACCGAAUCGCCAUUCCUUUGGGCUCUGGGAAAGCAAAGGAAUGGUGUCGGCUACGGUGGAAGGACAGGUGGUGUUGGACAGCAGAGGGCCAUACAGAGUAGAGACCAGUACUAAUAUCAUCGCUCCAAAGCUGACUGAGCCGUUUGCCAUCAGUCAGUCUGCAGUAACACAGAAGAUCCCAGCUGGGAAUGAAGUGAAAGCGCCUGUUUUGCCAGAAAACACUAAAUCUAAUUCCACGGUGGAACUCAAUAAAUCUUACGACGUCGAAAACCCGUCUCCGCUGCUAAUGCAGAGCAGGAAUGCACGACAGCAGAUGGACACUCCAAGUGUUACCCCAGCACACGAGCAGGUUCCAGAAAAUUUUGAAAAGGUAAAACGUAGACUUGAUCUGGACACCAACAACUGCCAAACAGAAACCAGUUCCUGUGUUCUGAGAGUUGGAGUGGAAGAACAAGAGAAGCAGUGGUUGCAAGAACAGAAAUAUCCUGUGGAAUCAGUUUACAUUACCCCUGAAAGUAUGGCAAAAGAAGAUAUUUUAAAAACUAAAAUGUUGGCCUUUGAAGAAAUGAGAAAGAGACUUGAAGAACAGCAUGCACAACAACUGUCAAUUCUGAUAGCUGAACAAGAGAGAGAACAGGAGAAAUUGCAGAAGGAACUGGAAGAGCAGGAGAGAAAGUUGAAAGGAAAGAAGGUUACUACAACGGAAAUAGAGAUUUCCAAAGUGAAUAUUAACAGUAGAAUGGAGUUGGAGUGGAGGAAAAAAAGCGAAAGUGGCUUGCUGGAAAGUGUGCAGUCUCAGCUGGAGACAGUCCAUAACACAAACUCCACCAGCAUUGGUUUUGCUCAUACAACACCCAACACCUUUUCUUCGACAAGUGAAACUUCAUUCUUUCUCUGGGGACCAUCAGGUAGUGGAGUCAUAAAAACCUCAGUAUCCAGGCCAACUAAUAGAAUCAAAACUAGGUGGUCUCAGGUUCUCAGUCCAGAGAUACAAAUGAAGUUUGAUAAGAUCACUGCUGUGGCAAAGGGAUUUCUCACUCGUAGACUCCUGCAGACAGAAAAACUGAAACAUCUUAAGCAAACUGUAAAAGAUACUGUGGAGUUCAUAAAAAAUUUUCAGUCUGAAGCCCCGUUGAAAAGGGGAAGUGUGUCAGCACAAGAUGCAUCCCUUCAUGAAAGAGUAAUGGCUCAGCUGCGAGCUGCUCUGUAUGACAUCCAUGACAUCUUUUUUACAAUGGAUGCAUCAGAAAGGAUGAAUAUUCUGCGUCACGAUCGUGAAGUUCGGAAAGAGAAGAUGCUCAGGCAAAUGGAUAAAGUGAAGAGCCCGAGAGAGCGAGUGACACUUUCAACAGCUACACAGAAAUCUCUGGACAGGAAGAAGUACAUGAAGGCUUCAGAAAUGGGAAUACCAAGUAAAAAAAUAAUCAUAAAACAAAAAACUCCUGAAAGCCGCAUACUUCAACCAAACCAAGGACAGAAUGCCCCGGUUCAUAGAUUGCUUUGCAGACAAGGAACCUUUAAGACCUCAGUGAAUGGGGUUGAGCAAAAUAGAAAGAAGGCCUCAGAGAGCAGAGUGUCUAACAAGGCGGUUUCAGAUACUACUUCGUGAAGUCAAGAGAAGUGGCUACAGAAGGAUGUAUAGUAAGGCAGAGCAUAUGCAGGAAGAACCCAAAGAAAGAAGCCAAAUGUUGUGACAAUUUAAGAAGACAGCACUCACUGGGAUAAACUGUCUGUUUUUUACUGAUGGCAUUCUCAGCACUGAUUUUAAAUAUUGCAUCUUCUUUACGUAUAUGUAUAUUUAGAAAUUAUAAACCUACUUUGUCAUUUUCAGAUGACACAUUAAUACAAUCAUAUUGAAGUAAUAAAGGACUUUGAAGUUCUAAUACUUGUGGAAAAAUUGCAUGUUAGAACUUAUUAUAUGUUAAUACUAGUGUGUACACAUUUAUAGUCUUGUUUAUUUAAAGAUGACCACAGGGCAGCAUGAAGGUAAUUUGUGACUUUUUCACACUUUCUAAUUCUUGUGUCUGAUAUGUGCUUUUGCAUUACUUAAAAUUGCAAUUUCUGUGUAUGAUUGCUACCACAAGUAAGUCAUGGGUAUAUAUUUAGUUUCGUACCAUAAAGUUAAAGCAACUAAAUGGGAAAAAAACCUCCAAACUUAGAACUGAACUCUCACAUCAGUGAAUUUGUCCCCAGCCGUUUUGAAUGUACUUUCUGUAUGAAUGAGAUUUACUUCAAUUGCAGUACUAAUGACCUAAAAUGUUUUGCAUUUCUGCGAAGCUGGACAGACAUGGAUCCAGAUUCAGUGCUGGGCAGAUGGACCUACUUCAUUGACUAAACCAAAACUGUGCAUUUAUACUUGUGAUAGAUCAAAUCACCACCACCAAGAGUCCUGGGAUUUUUUUACCCUGAUGUCUACUGCAUUUUCUGAUGGAAACAACAUUUGGCCACGAUGGAGACCUGUAUGUUCUACGAAAAUUCAAGAAGGCAAGAUUUUAAUUGUUUUACUGUUUCAGACUUAAAUAGUAAUUUCAGUCCGUAAUAGUAAUUUGGAUAUGUUACAUUUCAUUGAUGACAGUUGCAAUUUUUCCUAAGCAAUUUCUCUUCUACCGUGAUCUAACAGGCCCUUGUGCUGAAUUCAUGAUUUGGGGGAAUGGGGAAUCCCUACCAAAUCCCAACGAAAUCUUUCAUAUUUAUGAAUAUCUAACAUUAAAUGAUCAUGCUCAUGUUUUACCUCAGUCUUCCAACUGAUGGAUGUUAUCCAUCAACUUGAGGGGAGCAUAAUUCUAUACCUGCUUUUAAUGAACUUGAGACAUGAGGUUGACAAAGUUUUAGAGAGAAAAGCUGUGCUUGUGUAACCUCAGCAGUAGAGAACUGACUGCCGGAAUGUGAAAUAGGUUAUAUUUUGUUAUUUCCCAGUGUUGAUAUAACAUAGUAACUUUGGAGGCUUUGUAAUGUGUUGACAUGGAUAUAAGAGAAAAAAGACUGAAAAUUUCAUUGUGUUAAAUAGUCAGCAUGAAAGAGGAACAUUAAUGGUGAGACGAGGACAGUACCUUCAUGAGCAGUGAUGAGUGAUUGGCUUGCUUGUGGCACCAGUUAUAGCUUUUAUCUGCCACCAAGUCUGUCCUCUGCAGACAGUGACAUUGUUCAAAACAGGUGUGUUAUACCAUGCAGUAAGUUACCCAAAUUGUGUACUUGGAAAAUGGCAAAAAUGCUGCCCAAGCACUUUGAAGAAUGACACUGCUCAGUGGCUCUCUGCUGUGGCAUUUAUUUGAAAGCCUGGGGCAGGAGGUUCCCCUAAUGGUGUAAAUUUUAAUUUUUUACCAGUGUAGGACCUGCCUCCUUCCUUCAAAUGCUGUGGUGCUUUAAAAUCUCAGUUGUAGUACAGAAAAUGCCCAAGGCAAGCUUCCUGCUCACCCAGUGGGCAUCACAGCCCUGUUUUGGUUCUCAGCUUUCCUUAGGAGUGAAAUCCAUCGCAACAGGGGAAAAUUAACAAUGGCGAGAGUAACCUGUGUCAUAGGGGACAAAAGGUGCUGUUGAUAUAGGAUUGAUGGUUUCAAAGAAUGUUUUAUGUGGUGUAUUUAUUAUUAGCAUAGGCACUAUGUUGAUGCACAAAUAGGUUUAGUGUGUUAGUAGAAAGGAAUGUUUGCUUUCUGCUUGGGUUUCACAUCUAAACUUCUUUGUCUUUAAGCAUGCUUCCACUGUGUAAUAGAGCACUGUAGCACAAGGUUGUUUUUUUUUUUUUUUUUAACUUUCAUGAGGCCUUUCUCUUGGCAAGUGCCAGACUUUGUUUUUGUACUUGAUGUUUUGUAUUUAUACAUAUUUAUCUUUUUAUUUUCUGUGAAAUUGUGAUACCAUUACAAAAGUCUAUUUAUUUUUAUACUUUUAUUUCGUUUUUCACCAGUCUUGCUUUUUACUUAAAGCAUUCUGCACAAUAAACUUUGAAUCUUUAACAAGAA